AUGAAUCAAUGUAAAGACGUCCUCCAGGGACGCAUUGUUGGAGGAUACGCCGCGGUCCCACACUCCAUCAAGUACAUGGUGUCCAUCCAGACCACGGAGCGGCGCCACUUCUGUGGAGGCUCCCUGAUCAACAAGUACUGGGUCAUCACAGCAGCACACUGUGACAUCGGGUUGGAGAAGAUGAUGAUCGUGGCUGGAGAAUAUUCUCUGGUCAUCUACGAGGGGACAGAACAGGAAGUCCUUCCCCAGCUGCUGCUGCCUCAUCCUGAGUACCACAGCUCCACCAACGACAAUGACAUCAUGCUCAUCAAGCUGAGGGCCCCGGUCGAUCUGAACAGCCACGUGUCCAUCGCCCUGCUGCCCAGGCAAGGUGCGACCAUGGCCGAGGGCCGCCUGUGCCGCGUGUCCGGGUGGGGCUUCACCGAUCCACAGGGUCAGAUCCCCUCCAGCCUGCGCACGGUCAGGCUGCCCAUCGUCUCAUCACAACGCUGCAACGGCAGCGACUCUUUCCACGGCAACAUCACAGCCAACAUGUUGUGUGCGGGAUACAGCGUUGGUGGCAAAGACUCCUGUCAGGGGGAUUCCGGGGGCCCGCUGGUAUGCGAGGGUCGUGUCUACGGUUUGGUCUCCUGGGGCAACGGCUGUGCUGACGCUCUCUUUCCUGGAGUCUACACUGCGGUGUCAAAGUACCGCCGCUGGAUCGACGACACCAUAUUUAGUCACCACGGAAGGUGCACCCAUUAG